UGUUGAGCUCUCGCGAUUAUCGGUUCGUUCGUUCCGUUUUGCCUUGUUCGUGCAUAGUCGCGUUCGAUCCCGUGUGUAGAACACAGCCCUACUACUGUAGCUGUUGCUGAACAGCAGUCCGGUUUUCGGGCGUGUACAGUGCGAAGUUUUUCUCAGUCGGCCGUCCGUUUCUUUUCCUGGGUACGAAAGAAGACGCUAGAAAGUGCUGAAGUACGAUUUUGUCGAAAUUUUAUAAAUAUUUUACCUUUUUUAACUGCGUUUGUGUGUUUAACGUUUUAAAUUUCGUCGGCGGUGUGUGUCAGCAGUGUGUGAGAGAGGUGUUCGUCACGCUGGUUCGCGUUUUGAUAAAAUAAUAAGUGUACGGAGAAGAGCUUACGCACUUACAGUUGUGAGAGGAGCGCACAUCUCUGUGAAGGCGAGCGCACUUGUUUGAUUACGUGUAAACCCGUAACUUGCAGGCGUAUAGAGACACCACAACCCCGGCAGGAUGGCGUUCAUAUUCUCAGAAAUGUACGACUGGUACAGAGAUCUGAUGGACAAUAAAAGUGAUCCCCGAGUGGCGGACUGGCCGAUGAUGUCCUCGCCCGUGCCCACACUAGCGCUGUGCAUAUUCUACGCUUACUUUAGCAAAUCGCUCGCACCAAAGCUUAUGGAGAAGCGAAAACCGAUGGACCUUAGGAACUUUCUCGUCGUUUACAACCUGUUCCAAACUAUCUUUAGUACGUGGAUAUUUUAUGAGUAUUUACAAAGUGGAUGGUGGGGCCACUAUAGCUUUAGGUGUCAACCGGUAGACUACUCCAACAAUCCCCUUGCCUUACGGAUGGCGCGAACGUGCUGGUGGUACUACAUCUCCAAGUUCACCGAGUUCUUCGACACGUUGUUCUUCAUCCUGCGGAAGAAGUACCAGCACGUGUCCACCCUGCACGUCAUCCACCACGGCUGCAUGCCCUUCUCGGUCUGGAUGGGCAUGAAGUUCGCACCAGGUGGCCACAGCACCUUCUUCGCCAUGCUGAACUCGUUUGUACAUAUUGUUAUGUAUUUCUACUACAUGGUGGCGGCCCUCGGACCAAAGUACCAGAAGUACAUCUGGUGGAAGAAGUACCUCACCGCGUUCCAGAUGGUUCAGUUCGUGGCCAUCUUCACGCACCAGUUCCAGCUGCUGUUCACCAACUGCGACUACCCGAAGGGCUUCAUGGUGUGGAUCGGGCUGCACGGCGUCAUGUUCCUGUUCCUGUUUUCGGACUUUUACAAACAGGCGUACAGCAAACGGCGCGAGGCGGCCGCGGCCCGGAAGCGACAGGCGGAAAUGGAUGCGCUGGCCAGCAGCGGCGGUCAGUACGAUGCGGUGGCCGUUAACGGCAGUGCCAAGUCGGCCAACGGGAAGCUGCAGAACGGGCACCAUUUGUACCAGAACGGGAAGGAGCUGCUGCUCACCAACGGGGACUUGGUGAACAAUAAUCAGGGCGCGUGCAUGCCCAUUCUGGAGGACGGCGAGGAGGCCCACCGGCGCAAGGUAACGGGCAACGGCAUCUACGCCACGAACGGGGGCCCGAAGGGCGCGGCCAACUCGUACAUGAACGGAAGUUCGCCGAACGGCGGAUUCGUCGAGGCCGUCGACGGCAGCAGCAGUGACAACGCGACGACGACCGUCCGGCGGAAGAUGCAAUAACACCGUGGACACGGCCGGCAGCGGCCCCGGCGCAAUCGGAAUCGGGGCGCCAGUCGGCACCAAAGCCAUCGCAGCAAGGAGGAGGAGGAGGAGAAGUAGGGCGAAGAUUUAAAGAAGGUUUUUGUUUUUUUUUUUUUUUUUGAGUACGUGUUAGGGUUAGGAUCUAAUGUGUCACUUAGUUUAGCGUUUCCCUCCAAACUGUUUUUCUUGACUAUUUGUUUGUUUUUCUUUUUGAGGAAAAAUAAAACAAUAAAAGAAGAAGAAAACUGUUUAGUUUGUAGCUAGCUUUUUCUAAUAGGUCCACAAUAUUACAAUUUGUGGAAAAGUGGUGAGAAGUUUAAUUAAUGCAAAAGAAAAAAAAAACUUAAACUAAAAACUCUGUCUAAUUAGUUACGAAACGAAAGCAAAAGCCACAACUGCAUGAGCGCCGCGUGUGUGUGGAAAUCUUUUAGCGUGUGAGCGAGAAGAAGCAAACAAAACUGAACGAGAAUUGCAUGAGCGAACUGUAGAGAGACGUUGUAAGAAUUAGUCGUUUUGUGGCGUAAGGGGAAAUAAGUUCGAGCCGAAUCGCGAACAAACGCAAUUGCAAACCGAAAACUUUAGCUUUUCUUUGUUUCUCUUAAAUUCCCCUUAACUAAAUGAGAGAAGUCAAAUCUGAGACGAGUGCGCGCGCGCGCGCUGAAAGCAACACACCCCCGACACAACAAUCCACUUAGAAAUCGAAAGCUAAGCUAUUUUUGUACCAAGUCUUUAUCACAAAAUAAAACCAACAAGCAAAAAAUGUUACAAAGUUUGAACUUGACCUCGAAGCGAAACGAAUAAAACUCUGCCAGCAGCUGGCUUAAAAAUCAAAA